AUGCCUAGCCAGUCAGUAUCCAGCCAGGUAGCAGACAAAUAUAAAAAUUUGGCCCUAGCGGACCCCUCGUUCACGAUACCAAGUAAGAUUGAUUUGUUACUCGGUGCCGACAUAUUUGCGCGUAUCUUGAACGGUAAACGGGUGUCGGUAGGUGACUCGUACCCGGUGGCAUUCGGCUCAAUAUUUGGUUGGAUAAUAAUUGGCCCUGUCCCUCCUUCGAAUAAUUACGUUCCUACUUCACAUCAUAUUUCAUUGGUUUCCUCAAUCGAAUCUUUAAUGGAUAAAUUCUGGCAAGUGGAGGAACCAGACGCGGCCUCAGUGACCCUCACUUGUAACGGAAAAUGUGAGGAGUUGUUCCGUGAUAAAUGUUCUCGUGACGAAUCCGGACGUUUCGUCGUGCCCCUGUUGUUCCGUCAAACGGUCGCGGACAAUAUAUUUUCUGGCUCGCGUGCUAUCGCAGUAAAACGUUUUGAAUUCCUCGAGCGAAAGCUUACAUCAGACGACUGA